AUGCAGGGCCUCUGGACCGUGGCGACGCGGGCCCUCCCGCCCGGCGGCUUCGACCCGGGCUGGGGGCUGCCCGUGUGGAACAUCCUGCUCAUGAUCUGGCUCGCCGUGGCCGGGUGCGUGCCGCUCGGCACCCGGUCCCGCCACUGGCACGCCCUCAAGCCCAUGCACGCCGGCAUGCUCCUUCUCGCCAUCUGGUUCUGUCUGCACGUCAUCGACCAGCUGAUCCACCAGCGGCAGGCCGCGGUCACGUACGGCUACAUCGUUUUCCCGGCCGUGUACAACAUCCUGCGCACGCUAUCAGACCUGUUACUGUUCGCGGGCCUCGGGCUCGGCCUGCUGCGCUGCCACACGCCCGACGUGGCGGCAGCCGAGGGGCUCGGGUUUGUCGUGGCCGCCACCGCCGUGCUCUGGGUCCUGGGGAUGUACCAGGUCGGCCUCAACCUGUCGCUGUGCUUCGCCUGGCUCGGCUUCUCUGACGUCGGGUCCAUCGACGCCAUCGCCGCCGCCCGCAGCGGUUUUGAUGUUGCCUAUGCCGCCGUCUACUUCCUCGGCGUCCCGGCGCUGGCCAUUGUCGCGUCUGACGAGCCGACCGUGCCGACGCCGGAACUGGCCCCGUCCGACUCGGCGCCGCUGGCCAGCAAGCUUGCAGACGUCAAAUUCGCCUUCAACGGCGCGGCCGUGGCGCUGUUCCUGCGGUCCUUCUGCGAGGUGGUCAUCGUCGGGCAGCUCGACCGCGCGCCGGCCGACCUGCAGACCACGUACGUGGCGCGCGACGUGUGCUACGGGCUGUGGAGCUCGCUGUGCAUGGUGUUCUUACUCGUAGGCUCGCCGGGCCGGUUCGACAGCGGCGGCGGCGGCGACGUCGACCUCUGGGACGAGGACGAGAAGGCGGGCGCGAGCCGGCGCGAGGCCGAGCGCAGGCGUAUCGCCGCCACGUGCCAGUCCGUCGAGGCCGCGCUCGCCGCGUGGGUCGUGGACUUGCGUGAAGCGCUGGCGGAAAAGCUGGACAGGGUCACGUACGGUGCGGCGCUGACGGCGCCGCCCGUCGGACAGGUUCUCGACGAGCUCGAGGCGGACAUCGACAAGGCUCCCAAGGACCGCGGACGAACGAGCGACCCGGACUUUGUGGCCAGGCUGUCGGCUGCCAAGCACAAGGAGAUUGGGGUGCUGCGAGAACGCUUUGCCGGAUGGGAAGUCAUAGAUAAACGAGACAACGGGGCGACGGUGCCAGAGGAUGCAGCGGACGAGGAGAAGGAUGCCAAGGAGCCCGACGGGGACGUGGCAGAGGCAGUCUCGCUGGCGCGGGCAGAAGAGCCUGCAGAGUCCACGGAACCGGUUCCUGAGAUGGAAGAGCCGUAUGCGCAGCCUGCAAGGAACACGACGUUCUUGGAUGUCUUGCGAGCACACAGGAGAGGAAUCAGGCCUGGCGAUGUGUAA